ACUCGAUUUCUUCCUAAACCAAACUCAACCCAUAGUCUCACACAAACCCACGAGAGAGAGGAAAUCAAUCGGCGGCGUGCCUCCAUUGCCACUAUCGUCCUUGCCUUCCUCCGUCAUGCUUGUCCACCCCCUACCCUCCACCACCGCCACUCCACUGCUUAGAAUUUGGCCCAAGUUAGCCAUUUCAGGCUUUCGUUUGUGUGAGAGUGCCUAGAGAGAGAGAGAGAAUGAAUAAAGGCGGAGCAGGUGGAGUGGGUGGAGGCGGAAGUGGGAGCAGCAGUUGCGGAAGUGGACCCACCGCGGCUGCAACGGCAGCAGCAGCUCAAAAGCAGAAGACCUUACUACAAAGAGUCGAAGCCGAUAUUGGCAACAUCGUUGACAACUUCACCCACCUCGUCAAUGUCUCACGGGUGAAUGAUCUUCCUGUCAGAAAUUCACAAGAAGCUUUCAUGAUGGAGAUGCGUGCAGCUAGAAUGGUUCAGACAGCUGACUCUCUACUUAAGUUGGUAUCAGAGCUUAAGCAAACCGCAAUCUUCUCUGGAUUUGCAUCCCUUAAUGACCAUGUGGAGCAAAGAACAGCUGAGUUUAAUCAACAGGCAGAGAAGACAGACCACAUGCUGGCAAGAAUUGGAGAGGAGGCAGCUGCCAGCCUCAAGGAGCUUGAAUUGCAUUAUUUUUCUUCGGCAGACAGGGCUAGUGAUACUCCGCAGUUGUGAAUGGGUGGCAUAAGAGAAGCAUGCUAAUCACCAUUUGAUUCUACUCUUAAGUACUGCGAUUUCUAGUUCUACUUUAGUUUACCAAUUUGAUCCGAUCAGUUUUUAAUCAUUUGAAAAAACAAAUGUAGCCUUACAUGUGUUUUCUAUCAAUGUAACAUAAUUCAUGUUGGUUUGGAUGCUU